AUGGCGGCGUCCUCGAGAGUGGACGUUGAGGAGGCCUCGGCGGAAGAGAAUCCGCGAGUUCUAGAACCCGGGGCUGCCCCGUUCGGAAAUUUCUCUCAUUAUUCCCGCUUCCACCCUCCCGAGCAAAGGCUCCGCCUUCUGCCCCCGGAGCUUCUUCGACAGCUCUUUCCUCCCGAGGGCCCCGCGGCGAGGCCGAUCCUGGGGCUCGACGUGGGGUGUAACUCCGGGGAACUAAGUGUGGCUAUGUACAAACAUUUCCUCUCCCUGCGUGAUGGGGAGACCUGCUCAGAUGCCUCCGGAGAAUUCCGCCUCCUCUGCUGUGAUAUAGAUCCAGUCCUGGUGGAGCGAGCUGAGAAAGGAUGUCCUUUUCCUGAUGCCUUGACCUUUAUCACCAUGGACUUCAUGAGCCAGAGGACCAGGAAGGCUCUUUUGAGCUCUUUCUUAAGCCAGUUUGGGCGUUCAGCUUUUGACAUUGGCUUCUGCAUGUCAAUAACCAUGUGGAUUCAUUUGAACCAUGGGGAUCAGGGCCUGUGGGAGUUCCUGGCCCAUCUUUCCUCUCUCUGCCGCUACCUCCUUGUGGAGCCACAGCCCUGGAAGUGCUACCGUGCAGCUGCAAGGCGCCUCCGAAAGCUGGGACUCCAUGAUUUUGAUCAUUUCCACUCCCUCAACAUCCGAGGUGAUAUGGCCAACCAGGUUGUACAGAUCUUGACCCAGGACCAUGGGAUGGAAUUAGUAUGCUGCUUUGGCAACACCAGCUGGGACAGAAGCCUUUUGCUCUUCAGAGCAAAGCACACCAUGGAGAUUCAUCCGAUCUCUGAGUCUCUUAUAGAAGAGACAGAGAGGAACGGGUUAAGAUUCUGAAGGCAGUAAGAUGGAAGGACAGGAAAACCAGGAAAGAGAUAUUGAAAAGAUACUGGGAAUUAUGUUCCCUGUCCUGUGACAGUCAGACAGCCUCAAAACCUUGAGCUAGGCCAUCUGGAUUGAGAUUGUGGUCCUGGUUGUGGGAAGAACAACUGCUUUUGGAGAUUGUUUUGUGGUGCUGGGGAGUAAACUCCAGAUCUAGUCACUAGGUAAAUAGUCUAUCACUAGCAACCUUUCCAGCUCUUGGGGGUUAGAAUGUUUGCUGGGCUCCUUAAAUCUGAUGUGGUUUCUUCAGGCAUUUUCUGGGCCUGCUUUAAGGCAAAGUCUCACAAUGAAAUCUGUAAUGAGGAAGCUGUGGGCCUGGCUAAAAAAAAUGGUUAGUAGAAAAAGCAUC